AUGACACGAUAUGCCAAACUCGAGAAAAAAAAGUACAAAGAGGCUGUGGGGUUUGAAGGAUUCAAUGUUAAGCCUUUAUCACCUUCAAAGUCAAAGUCUUCAAGUAUAAAAAAGGAACGAGAACAAACGGUGGUUGCGAUGGGUGAACAUGGAGAACAAUUUAAAGAAAAAUCGAAGAAUGGUGUUAAAAGAAAAAUAUGGGCUGACAAAGCGAAAAAUACUGAUGCAAAAUUUAAAAGAUCGGAAAAACGCAGACUUCGGCGUAUCAAGGAACGGAAAAGCAAAACGAUAUGUUUUGCUUGUCGUAAAACUGGACAUAGUGUAAAAGAUUGUCCAGAGGCGAAUAAAUACAGUGAUAGUGCUGCUGAUAGGAGUAUUAGUGUAGGAUUAUGUUAUACUUGUGGAUCAACCGAACAUACAUCCAAGAAUUGUAAAGAACCGAUAUUUUCAAAAGACAACAAAAAUAUAAAAUAUCAAUAUGCUAAAUGCUUUAUAUGUGGAGAACAAGGACACUUGUCUGGUAAAUGUGCUAAAAACGAGAAAGGUCUAUAUCCGAAUGGUGGAUCUUGUCGUUUUUGUGGGAAAGUGGAUCAUUUUGCUAAAGAUUGUGACAUCAAGAAAGAAGAAAUUGGAGUAGUGGCUUUAAGUAAAAUCGACUCUGAACACGGUCCAGAUGACGACGAUUUUCACAUUUUCAUUGAAGAGACAAAGAAAUCCAAAAAAACCCGAGAAAAAAGCAAGAAAAUUAAUACUAGCGUUACUUCGACAAAAACAACAGAUGAUAGUAUUAGUAAUAAUAAUCUGCUUGUUAAUAGUGAUAAAAGCAAAGCUAAAAAGAAAAUUGUUAGAUUUUAG